UCUUUGGCUAAAGUGUGCAGCAGUGGGAAUCCAUUGGGUUUGGAGUCCAAGGCCUGCUCGGAGAUUGUGGCACAGAUCUUCAAUCCCUCCAACUCGGUGCAUCAACACAGCACUCAGGGUGUCCUCAGACGAGGCAUCAAGGACACUAUGAGGUACAUUCUGGUGGACUGGCUCGUGGAGGUGGCCACUAUGAAGGAUUUCUCCAGCCAGACACUGCAUGUGACAGUGGGUUGCGUUGACCGAUACCUGGCCCUGCGUUCUGUCCCAAAGGCCCGCCUUCAGCUUUUAGGAAUUGCCUGCAUGGUGGUUUGUACACGAUAUAUUAGCAAAGAAAUCCUGACUAUACGCGAGGCCGUUUGGCUGACAGACAACACCUACAAAUAUGAAGACCUGGUGCGAAUGAUGGGGGAGGUUGUGUCUGUGCUGGAGGGAAAGAUAAGGAGCCCCACGCUGCUGGACUAUGGGGAGGUGCUGCUGUCCCUGCUCCCCCUGGAGAGGCGCUCCUCUCACCUCUUCAGYUAUGUCUGCGAGCUGUCGCUGCUCUACUCUGCUCUCACCACGCCGCCUCCCGCCAAGCUGGCCUGCGCUGCACUGCUCCUCACAAGGGCACUGCAUCACUAUGGUCCCGUCUGGCCCACCCUGCUGAAGGACUACACAGGCUUUACCAAGGAGGACCUC